GAGAGGGGACGGGGGAAGGCAGCGGGAGGAAGAUGCGCCCGCGGCCUAAGAUUUGUGUUCGUCGACCAGCCGUGACACGCGUCAACACAUUUUGUAAAAUAAUGUAUUUUGAAAGUAGUUAAAUAAAACUAUCAAUAAUUCUGUCAUACGUGGUUUCUUCUUCACCAUCGUCAUGAACAGAAAUUGGUGACCCCCGACGUGAUCGUAAAUUGAAGACGAAACUUUCUGACCGGACGAAUCGGACGUGAUUUGUGACGUAAAGGCGAAAAGAAAAAUAGCCCAUUAAUGUUGGUUGUUGGAUUGCUCGUACCUGACGACUGCACAGCUGUUGGAUUGUCAUAUCUACUGCUGCAUUGAGCUCGUUCAAGGAAGUAGCCAAUUUUCAAUUAUAUUUUCAUUAAUUAUGGGAAUUUUGCCUCAUUUUGUCGCAGAACGCUUGCUUGUGUAAAUCAAAUAUACCCACAUUGUUAUUGUUUGUCGACGCAAUAUACGAUCGUAAUCAAUAAGUAAUUAAUUUGAUUUACUAAUAAUUUAAUGUAAUAAUUUGCUAUUUUAAUGAUGUAUUUUUGCAUAAUUUUCGUAAGUUUUUCUUGAUGCUUUGCUGAUUGCUACUUGGGAAUGAAAUUGUAUUUACCCGCACACACGCAAACAUUUUUUGCUACGAAUCUUCGCACUAUGUGUCAUUAACUGUUAUUUUUUUUGUAAAAUAUUAUUUCGUAUGCUAAUUGUUGGAAAAAGUUACGGCUUUUUAUUCAAUAGCUUUUUUGCACUAUUUGUGAUUUAUGUAUAAAAUAUAUAGGUUCAUGAAAAGUGAUUGUAUACACAGCUAUUUCAUUAGUUUUUUGCCGACUAUUCCAGCUAUCCGAGCCGCCAAGGAAGCCCCUGGAUCCCAACCAAAGCAACUGCGCGUAUAUUAAUCGAAGUGGAACAAAGAGAGCGUAAGACGGGAUCAGUGACGGACUGGACUAAGCGACUUGGCCGCCGCUGUUGAACACUUACAGCGGCCUUUAUGGUUUGGUUUCUUAAUUUAACAUUUAUUAACUUCGUUUCUGGUGAUUGUUUUUGAUUUAUUAUUCGCCCAUUUCGUUGCAUUUUUAAAUUAUGGCGGAAUUCAAAUCAUUAAUUCAGGAACGUGGUACGAUUAGAGGAAGAGUAACUGCCUUUCAUAAGUAUAUGAAAAUUAUAGAAGCAAUUGAUUCUAAAGUAAUGUCUAAGGUUCAGCUUAAUGAGCUUCAAUUUAAACUAGAAAGAUUUCAAAACUUAUUGAACGUUUUUGAUGAAGUUCAACGAAAAAUUGAAUUAUUGAGCGACGAUACUCUAGAACAAGAAAGGCAAUUACAAGAAAGGGAAACAAUGGAAAAUCAUUUUUGUUCCUUAAUCGUACAAGCGCAGAAUAUUAUUGAGAGCUGUAUAGAUGCUCAAAAACCGAAUGAAACUAAUCGUAACGAUGGUUCUUUAAAUUCAUUUGAAUCCAAAUCUAAAUCUCUUAAUAUUAACUUGCCCACAAUAAAUUUGCCUAGUUUUGACGGCAAUUAUUUGAAGUGGUUGGAAUUUCGAGAUACUUUUCGUUCUAUGGUAAACGAAAAUGAGUCAAUUCCGAAAAUAAAUAAAUUUCAUUAUUUACGGUCCGUGUUGGAAGGUAGUGCCGCGGUAGUGAUAAAAUCAAUUGAGUUUUCGUCGGAAAAUUAUGACGUAGCAUGGGACCUACUUUGCCAACGAUAUGACAAUACAAGACUUCUUGUUAACAAUCAUUUAAGGGCAUUGUUUUCAUUUCAACCUAUUGCUAGGGAGUCCCAUCAGUCACUGCGUUAUAUGAUUGAUUAUUUCACAAAACACUUGCGAGCUCUAGGUACCCUAAAGGAACCUACUUCCUUCUGGGACACUUUGAUCAUUUUUAUGAUGACAACAAAACUAGAUGGCGCCACAAGUCGCAAAUGGGAGGAGCACAGGAAUUGUUUGACUGAGCCGCCUUCUCUUGAAUCUUUUUGUGAAUUUUUACGUAAUCGUGCUGAUGUUUUGGAAACUGUACACAUUUGCAAAACUGAACAACCAAAGACGGAUAAACACGUUCAAAGUAAAGAACCAAAAUAUACCAAAUCUUUUGUUGCUGCAAAUUCAUCGUCGAAAUCGUGUGUUAUUUGUUCUAAAAAUCAUUUUCUUUAUGAGUGCGAUAAAUUUAAAAUUAUGAAUGAAGAUGCAAGGUUGAGCCUAGUUAAUAAGCAUAAAUUGUGUUCUAACUGUUUUAAACCUGGUCAUCGUCCCUCUCGUUGCUUCAGGAAAGGCUGCCAGAUAUGUAAUGCGAAACACAACUCGUUAUUACAUAAACAAUUGCAAGAGAAUGGUACCGUGAACACAGACAACAACAUACCUAGCCCGUCUUCUUCUUCUCAAGGCGGUAGUGCCAAUGAACAGGUGUCGCUGUCUGCGAUGAUGCCUGGUCAAGUGUUGCUUUGUACCGCUCAGGUUUUGGGAGAUUGAGGAAUUACCCCCUCUUAACAGGCAGAAGUUCUCAAAGGUUGACGAGGGGACAUAGAAAAAAUGUACCGACAAAUCGAGGUCGAUGAGUCGCAGCGCCAUCUGCAAUUGAUUCUCUGGAGGGAUAAAUCUACUCAGCCACUAAAAAUAUUUCAACUAAAUACGGUAACUUACGGAACAGCCUCAGCUCCUUUUUUGAGUACGAGAUGUCUCUUACAACUAUCCAGAGAUUGUUUAGAAAAUCCCGAUGUAGCGAACGUUAUUGAACAUGAUUUCUACGUCGACGACUUAAAUACUGGGUCAAGUUCCAAAGAGAAACUGCAAAGUACGAUAAAAGGAGUAGUAGAGAAGUUGUCUGAAGCUUGUUUCCCGUUGCGUAAGUUUCGCACAAAUGUUCCUGAAAUCUUUGAUGACAUUUCAGUUACAAAACAAAGCCAAGACUUUUGUAAGGACUCUACAGUACUGGGACUGAAUUGGUCACCUGAAACUGAUACGUUGCGUUUUCUUACUAAGCUUGAAUGUAAUCUUCCAAUUACUAAACGGAAUAUUCUUUCAGUGUCGUCAAAAUUAUUUGACCCGCUUGGUUUGCUGUCCGCUACGACAAUUAUUCCGAAAACUUUGCUGCAGAAAUUGUGGCUGCUCAAAAAUGGAUGGGAUGAUCCUAUACCAGAUCAAAUCAAAGCUGAGUGGCAGGAGUUCUUAGCUAAUUUGAAUCAGUUGUCCACUCUUGAGAUCCCGAGGCACGUCAUUUGCCAAGCUCCAGACAAUGUAGAAUUACACUGUUUUACUGAUGCCUCGCAGAUGGCCUACGGUGCAUGUUUGUAUCUUAAAUCUACAGACAAUGUAGGUAAGGUUACAGUUCACCUUUUUUGUGCCAAGGCUAAAGUGGCUCCACUGAAGCCGGAACUAACUAUUCCUCGGCUAGAGUUGAUGGGUGCUUUGUUAGGUGCUCGAUUGCUGGCUAAGGUGGUACAGUCGUUAAGCUGUAAAGACAUUAAAAUAUCGCGGUGUUUCCUAUGGACGGAUUCAACAAUCGUCUUGGGAUGGAUUCAUUCUGAACCAAAGACGUUGAAAACGUUUGUUUGUAACCGAAUAGAGGAAAUUCGUGAACUUACCUCUGAAUAUGAGUGGAGACAUGUACCUACUCACAGCAAUCCAGCAGACCUUGCCUCUCGAGGUGUAAAGCCGCAACAACUGAAAGAAAACAACCUGUGGUGGAACGGUGCUCCCUUUCUGAUGCAGCCAGAGGGCGAAUGGCCAGGUCAUCACAUAGUGCCUACCACACUUCCUGAAACGAAGGUUAGUUUGAGUUUGCAGUGUGAUGAAAAUAUUGAGUUUGUCCUUUUUCGUACAUGUUCAAAGCUUCACAAGAUGCAAAGAAUCAUGGCCUUUGUAAUGCGCUUUAUACAAAACUGUAAAUCCAAGAGUAAUAAGAUAAAGGGUAGUCUGACACUUAAAGAAUUAAUAAAUUCAUUUUUUACUUUGGCUAAGCUUUCUCAAAGGGAUUCCUUCAAACAGGAUAUCCAUUCACUGAAAACUUCGGGUUGUCUUAACCGCAAAUCGAGAAUCAUAUCACUGAAUCCUUUUUUGGAUACUGAUGGGGUGCUACGUGUUGGAGGUCGUCUUCACAAGGCAUUAGUUCCUUACAAUCAAAAACAUCCCAUCAUUAUUGAUUCUAAACAUAUUUUCACGAAAUUACUUUUUAAACAUGAACACGUUCGUCUUUUACAUUGUGGGCCCCUGCAAUUGUUGUCUUUGAUUCGUGAAGAUUUUUGGCCUAUCGGUGGUCGUGUAUUGGCGACUCAGACAACUAAUAAUUGCGUACAGUGUACCAAAAUGAAAGGCAAAAAUAUACAGCCUAUUAUGUCUAACUUACCUGAUCCUCGUGUCAAUCCAGCUGCUCCGUUUGAGACUUGUGGCACCGAUUUUGCAGGUCCCUUCCUUAUAUUGAAUCGCAAAGGCCGUGGCGCAAGAACAAGCAAAUGCUACUUGUGUCUCUUUGUUUGCUUUUGCACUAAAGCUCUGCACCUAGAGGUCGUGAGUGAACUAAGCACUAAUGCAUUCAUCCUCUGCUUACGUCGGUUCAUCUCUAGACGCGGUAAACCACGCACAAUAUAUUGCGACAAUGGCAAAAAUUAUGUUGGGGCGAAUAAUGAAUUGAAAAGAAUGCUUAAAGCCGCUAAUGAGUCCGUUACUGAUUUCGGUUUAUGUGAGGGCAUAGAGUUUAAAUUCAAUCCAGCCUACGCUCCCAACUUUGGUGGUAUCUGGGAGGCUGGCGUUAAAGCCGCAAAGUUUCAUCUAAAACGUGUAGCAGGAAAUAACGGUUUGACCUUUGAGGAAUUAACAACGUUGUUCUCUCAAAUUGAGGCAAUAUUAAAUUCCCGUCCCCUGACACCUAUGUCAGCGGACCCCUCUGAUAUUACACCUUUAACACCUGGGCACUUCCUUAUCGGGCGUCCAUUAUCGUCGUUACCGGCUCCAACUACGACCAGGAUAUCGAUCAACCGAUACCAGCAGUUAGAACGUAUGAGACAAACGUUCUGGACACGGUGGUCACGUGAGUUCCUGUGUGAGCUUCAGCAGCGUGUAAAAUGGCAGAAGAAUGGCGAGCGGAACGUAAAAAUUGGAGACAUGGUAGUCGUCAAGGAUGAUCAACUUCCACCAAUGAAAUGGAUCCUAGGACGAAUUCACCACAUGUAUUAUGGACCUGAUGGAAUCUGCAGAGUUGUGGAUAUCAAGACGUCAAAGGGCAUCGUCAAAAGAGCGUUAACAAAAAUUUGCGCUCUGCCCACAGGAGAUGCCUAUGAGCUCCUUGGAACCUCAGCUUCCAAGGGGGGGGAGGAUGUUCACGACGUUCAGGGCGAGAGAGGGGACGGGGGAAGGCAGCGGGAGGAAGAUGCGCCCGCGGCCUAA